GCCGGGGAAAGAAAAAAAAAACACAGCGGGAAGUCAUUUUGAGUGACGACGUAAGGUGUCAUUCCGCUGGCAUGACUGACGUGUGUGCUGCAGCUGGGGGUGCACAAAUCCAUUCUGCAGACUGACCAGUUCAUCCGACUGAGCAGACACUGGGGAAGAGAACAGAAGGACCUUUCUCAUCACCCGCACUGGUCUUCAAUCAUGGGCAGGAAGCUGGAUCUGUCUGGUUUGACUGACGAUGAAACAGAGCAUGUCCUCCAGGUGGUUCAGCGGGACUUCAAUCUCCGCAAAAAGGAGGAGGAGCGACUCAGCGAGAUGAAGCAGAAGCUGGAGGAGGAAGGCAGCAAGUGCAGGAUCCUCUCCAAGCACCAGAAGUUCGUGGAGCACUGCUGCAUGCGCUGCUGCACGCCCUUCACCUUCCUCGUCAACACCAAGCGCCGCUGUGGGGACUGCAAGUUCAACGUCUGCAAAGGCUGCUGCGCCUUCCAGAAGCGAGAAAAGGUCUGGAUCUGCUGUGUCUGCCAGCAAGCCAGGCUUCUGAGGACCCAGUCCCUGGAGUGGUUCUACAACAACGUGAAGAGUCGCUUCAAACGCUUUGGCAGCGCCAAGGUCCUGAAGAACUUGUACAGGAAGCACCGAUUGGAGAGCGGAGGGUGCUUCGACGUCCUAGGAGGAAGCUUCUUUGAGGCCAGCUUGGAAAAUGAAGAAAGCAUUUCAGGCAGCGAUUCAACCUUCUAUAGGCAGUCAGAAGGCCACACCAUGAUGGACACCUUGGCUGUUGCCUUGCGAGUGGCUGAAGAGGCCAUUGAAGAAGCUAUACACAAAGCAGAAGCCCACGGCGACAGCCUGGACAAGCAGAACGAGGCCAGUUACCUUCGGGACCACAAGGAGGAGCUGACGGAGGAGCUGGCCACAACUAUCCUGCAGAAGAUCAUAAAGAAGCAGAAGAGCAAGAGCGAGAAGCAAGCGGAAGGGGAGCCGGCGUGGCCUCAGCCCCAGAGCCACGGCCUGAAAGGACCUGACGCAGGGACCACAGCCUCCCCAGAAGACCACCAGGCUCCCACCGCCCUCUGGCGGUCCCUGUCGGCCUGCUCGCUGGUGGCAGAAGAUGCCCUGAAGACUUCUUCCCAGGACGUGGCCUGGAGCCAGCCGUGGGAGCAGGGCCAGUGCCCCAGAGAGGAGUCCUCGCUGCCCAGCUGGAGGAGCCUGGACAGGCUGCACAACUCAAGUAACUGGUUUAAGCAGCACCUAACAGAUGGGAAGAAGAAAGACAAGGCUGGAUUUCUGAGGAAGGCCCCGCCCGGACAUAUUCCAGAGACCUCGAGAGUGUUGGGUGAUUCAUCGGAGACUGACAUCAGCAAUGAGGCGCAGCACGCCAGGAGCCGCACAAGCAGCUCGGAGGAGAAACUGAGACACAGGUGGUCUGAGUUUGCCAUGAAAAUGAGUGAGAAGGAGACUUCUUCCGGGGAGGACCAGGAGUCCGAGCCCAAGAUAGAAGCUGAGAACCACAAGGAAUGUAUGACCUCUCAAGACAACACCCAGAGCCUCCAGGACGAGCUGAAGAAGAAGUACUCUGCUGUCUCUCUCUGCAACAUCUCCACAGAAGUCCUGAGAGUCAUCAACGCCACGGAGGAGUUGAUCGCCGAGUCCGCAGGGCCCUGGGAGUCCCCGCCAGCCCCUGCGGACCGGGUGAAGGGCACGUUUCCUCUUGGGACGGACAAAGCGCACCUGGAUGAGCAGCUGACUUCCCUGGAGGAAAAUGUGUACCUGGCAGCAGGCACCGUGUACGGACUGGAGGGGCAGCUUCAUGAGCUGGAGGAUGCUGCCCGCAGCAUCCACAGUUGCACCAAUGAGACGGAACUGGCCGAUCUGGAGGACCAGGUAGCCACGGCCGCAGCCCAGGUCCACCACGCUGAGCUCCAGAUUUCCGACAUCGAGAGCCGGAUCGCAGCCCUGACCGUGGCAGGAUUGAACAUCGCGCCCUGUGUGCGGCUCACACGCAAGCGGGAUCAGAAGCAGAGGAACCAGGUACACACCAUCGAUGCGUCCCGGCAGCAGAGGCGGAAGCUGCCGGCGCCGCCAAUGACAGCCGAAAAACACGAGGCACCUGCCGUGGCCACCCUGAAAACAUUCAACCGCAACUUCCUUCUCCAAGACUUCUCAACCAUCAGGACUAAGGAAAGGGACAAAGCCACCAAGGACCUGGUGGAGCCCACUCGGGAGUCUGCUGUGACGAUUUAGUGCCAUGAAACUCCACUGCCAGUGACCCACUGCCUCCGGCCGUACACGACAGUGCCUUGACCCAACAGCCAUCGAAUACCGUCUGGAUGGCCACCUGAGGCGAAGGUCUGGGGAGGCCUCAGUGUACCUUUGCACAAGGCUGGCCUGAUACCUCACCCAGAAGACCGCCUUGUGGUCUCGCCCCCCUGUCUGCCUUCGGCUCCCAGGGGAAUCCAGGACAGAAAACCAAGACGCUGGCCUCCAGCAGCAGUUGAUGCAUCGUCUUCACGUUUGCUUUGCCCCGGUGUGUUGUCUUCAAGGUCUUCUCUUUGUCCUAAUCGCCUUGAUUCCACUGGAAUCACGCGUCAGUGAUUUGUCCCAAGGAAAAGUGUUGAGAGCUGGGG